AUGAAGUGUAUUAUGUGUAUUUUGUUGGUUUUUCAUAUCAAUGAUAUUUCAGGUCAAACACUGAUACUAACAGGAGACUCGCCCUAUGCUAUUCUCGGUCACCCUUUUAAAUGGUGGUGUAAUGGGAAAGCGUAUCCCGGCGCUGCAGAAGGGAUAGCCUUUGAGUUAAAUGGCACUUCCAUAUAUGGUCCCAGAUCAACAGUUACCAUAAAUCCGUCAAAACACAACAUAUUUGUGAAAGAAGGAAGUGAAGUAAAGUUAACAUGUACUGCUUCCUGUUUGCCGGUUUGUUCAUUCAGAUGGUUGAAAGACGGAAUUUCAAUAGCCAAUUCAUCCAAGCUCGAAUUGAAGAAUGUUCAAGAUAAAGAUACUGGUAGUUAUCUCUGUCAAGCCAGUAAUAUAGUCAAUACCAGUAGCACAAGUAUUUAUAUACAGGUACUUGAUGAACCACUACCACCACGAGAUUUAAAGCACGUCUUUUCUACAUCUGAUACAAUAUGUUUAGUUUGGAGGGCAGGGGACGAUGGUGGUGCAAGUCAAUUAUUUCACGUCGAAAUAGUGAAAAAACCACCAGAUCCUUCUACGCCUCUGAACUGGAAACCGGUUGGAGAUGAUGUUGACGAACCUCUGAAUGGUGGUCCAGUCACUUCCUGUUUACAUGACCUUGACACUUCAACAUCGUACUAUUUCCGAGUUUAUGCAAGUAAUGUACAUCACAUUGGGAACUCAUCUUUGUCGUUAAAAGCAUCCACUUCAGAUCCGAACAUCAAUGGAUUAUCUUUUAGCUCUGGAUUAGGAUUAGGUGUAGUUUUAGGAUUAGGACUGGUAAUUUUGGGUUUAUUUCUGGGAAUUUGUAUCAUUAUAAAGCAUAACAAACAAAAACACCGUAUCUACGAUGAUUCAGAUGGUACACCUUUGGUCAAAAAUGAUCACCCCGGAUGA